AUGACGAAAACACUCCUAUGGGAAACGAAAACCCUUUCUAUUGAGUUUAUUGUGGCCGAGAAUGGAACAGUUAGCAUUAAUACUAUUCAGCCUACGGGCAGCUACACCACUGCACGCGAACCGGACAAUUCCUCUCUGUCAAUCCACCAGCCUCGGCUGUCAGGAGAGGGUAAUCAUAACGGAUCUAAAACUUCCAAGGCAUUUGUAUCAACAUACUGGUCCAAAAGGCUGACGUAUGUUUCUCAUCGCGAGUGGAGUGAAGCAGGUGCCACUUAUUUUGAGAUCAAAACCGAGAAUGAUGGAAGCGACCUGUCAGUCGUGUCGAAUUUUACUGUCUUUGAUGGUGUUCCGGUCCUUCGAGCUCAGACAUCGGUUCACAACAACUCAAAGGAAAGUAUUUCCCUCACCUCCAUUCCUUCCCUUGUAGUGGGUGGUUUAACAAGAGGUACCGACCAGUGGUGGAACGACUUCAAGCUCUCAGUUCCAAACAAUUCCUGGUUCCGCGAGGCACAGUGGAGAAAUCAUUCCUUGCCUGAUAUAGGUCUUGAUCACUUCCUCCCAGGUCCCUGUCAGGCAUCCUUCGCCACCUUCUCCUGUUCCAAUCUUGGGACGUUCUCGACUGGAACAUAUCUGCCCAUGGGCAUGCUGCAGAAGGAGACAAGUCCUGAUACCUGGUUGUGGCAGGUUGAACACAACGGCUCAUGGAAAUGGGAAAUCGGCGACUGGGGCUCGCAGUUGUAUGUUGCGCUGAGUGGGCCGACACGUAAUGAUCAUCAUUGGGAGCAAGUCCUUCGUCCUGGAGAGUCGUUCACCACCGUACCUGCGGCUAUAUGCCAUCUAUUCGAGAAACCAGAUGCCGCUUUCCAGGCUCUGACCGCUUAUAGGAGGCGCAUCAGAAGGUUUCACCAGGACAAUGUUGACCUCCCGCUCAUAUUCAACGACUACAUGAAUUGCCUCAUGGGAGAUCCAACCGAGGAUAAGAUUCGGCAAUUGAUCAAGCCCGCAACUCAAGCUGGAGCCGAAUACUUCGUAAUCGAUGCCGGAUGGUAUUCAAACGAUAGCAACUGGUGGGAUGACAUUGGUCUAUGGGAACCAUCCGCCAAAAGAUUUCCGUCAGGCUUUAAAACCCUUACCACAGAGCUUAGAGCUUCCGGCCUGAUUCCUGGAUUAUGGGUGGAACCCGAGUCGAUUGGUGUGAGAUCCAAAAUUGCAGAUCAGCUGCCAGCCGACGCCUUCUUUCAACAGAACGGCCAGAGAGUCGUUGAGAGAGAUCGUUAUCAGCUUGAUUUUCGCCACGAAGCCGUAAAGAACCAUCUAGACCGGGUUAUAGACAGGCUUGUCACUGAUCUAGGCGUCGGUUACUUCAAGUUUGACUACAACAUCGAAAUAAUCCAAGGCACAGAUGUCAAUAACUGUAGUCCUGGUGCAGCACAGCUUGAUCACAAUCGAGCAUAUCUCGCAUGGGUGACCCGCCUCCUUGACAAAUAUCCCACUCUUGUCAUUGAGAGCUGUUCGAGUGGCGCACAGAGAAUGGACUAUGCUAUGCUGUCCGUCCAUCCGCUGCAGUCCACCAGUGAUCAGGAAGAUCCCGUCAUGUACGCUUCUAUCGCAGCGGCCGUGUUUACGGCAGUAACGCCAGAACAGAGCGCGACUUGGGCCUACCCACAGAAAGAAUGGGACGAUGAAAUCAACGCACUCACCGUUGUGAACAGCCUCUUGGGUAGGAUCCAUCUCAGCGGUCGCCUUGACAAGCUUUCUGACCACCAGUUUGCUCUUAUAUCUGAAGGCAUGCAGGUGUAUAAGAACAUUCGACAAGAUCUGAGGACUGGACUACCGUUUUGGCCGUUAGGCCUUCCCGGAUGGCAGGAUCAUUGGUUAUCAGUAGGAUUGAUAUGUCAGAAGAAGACGUACCUUUCGGUCUGGAGAAGGGGCGGGGAGACGAAUUGCGAUUUGCGCAUUCCGCACUUUGCGGGGCAAAGCAAGGUAAAAGCUACACUUCUUUAUCCUAGCGCUUUCGCUGCCGAGGCACAAUGGGAUGCUUCAACAGGCGCGUUACGGGUGACGUUACCGGAAACAACAUGUGCGCGUUUGUUCCAGGUUGAGAUUGAUUGA